UGGUGGAGCAGAGUGAGCUGGUAGCAAUAGUUUAAUGGAAUCAUCAAGACUCGUCCUUUGUUCUCAAUUUCCCCAUUAAAUAUAUUUCACUCAAUCAGUAUAACCCUAACUACCUCCACUUCACUCUCACUCCCAAACUUUUUCACCCACCACCAUCAAAAUUCAAUCCAGCAUACAUCAAUUUGGAAACAAAGACCUACAGUCUCAGCUAAUUUAGCUUGCGUAGCACCGCAAAAUUACUUCUUCAUGAUUGAAUUUGAUUGGCUGCAUUUUGCUUCAAGUUUCCUCGAAAAAGUGGAGUAACAUAUAGCGGUUUUGUGCAUUAAUAUUUGGGGGUUUAUUCUUUUCUUGGAUCAAUGUAAAUUAUUCACAUGGAGAAAAUGUGAGUGAGAUAACAGUAAAGUUACAGCUCAAUCUCAACAUCAAGUUGCAUUUUCGGAUCAUUCAUUGCUUAUUUACUUAUCUGUCUGAUUCGAUCUGCGAGGAUUUGUGGAGUAGGGAGGAAUUUGGGCAAAAUGAGGAAGGGGGAGUUGAAUGGUUGUGUCUUGAUCCUAAUGUUAUUAGGAGUUGUGGUGUGUGGGAAAGCAGAGGUAUAUAUUGUAACGAUAGAAGGCGAGCCUGUGAUAAGCUAUAGAGGUGGCGUUAAUGGGUACGAAGGCACUGCAGUUGAUUCUGAUUCUGAUGAGAAGAUUGAUGUCACCAGUGAUUUGGUCACGUCGUAUGCCAGCCAUCUAGAAAAGAGGCAUGAUAUGCUUCUCGGCAUGUUGUUUGAUGAAGGAACCUAUAAGAAACUCUAUAGUUACCGUCAUCUUUUAAAUGGAUUCGCAGUUCAUACUUCACCUGAGCAGGCAGAAAUACUUAGACGAGCGCCUGGAGUGAAGUCUGUGGAGAGAGAUUGGAAAGUGAGGAAACUCACGACCCACACCCCGCAAUUCUUGGGACUUCCAACGGGAGUGUGGCCGACUGGAGGCGGAUUUGACCGAGCUGGAGAGGAUAUUGUGAUCGGCUUUAUUGAUUCAGGAAUAUCUCCUCAUCAUCCGAGUUUCGCAACGCAUAAAACCGAUCCUUAUGGACCAAUUCCAAAGUAUAGAGGUAAAUGCGAGGUGGAUCCAGUCACAAAGAGAGACUUUUGUAACGGGAAGAUUGUUGGAGCUCAACAUUUUGCAGAAGCGGCUAAAGCCGCUGGUGCAUUCAAUGCAGAUGUUGAUUUUGAUUCUCCCCUUGAUGGGGAUGGACACGGAAGUCACACAGCAUCUAUUGCUGCGGGUAAUAAUGGGAUUCCGGUUCGGCUGCAUGGAUUUGAAUUUGGAAGAGCAAGUGGGAUGGCACCCCGAGCUAGAAUUGCCGUUUACAAAGCCCUAUAUAGAUUAUUCGGUGGAUUUGUUGCCGAUGUUGUUGCUGCCAUCGACCAGGCUGUUCACGAUGGUGUGGAUAUCUUGAACCUCUCGGUGGGCCCCAACAGUCCUCCAGCAGCUACGAAAACCACAUAUUUAAACCCUUUCGACGCUACCCUUCUUUCAGCAGUCAAAGCUGGAGUUUUUGUUGUACAAGCAGCCGGAAAUGGAGGUCCGUUCCCCAAAACCUUGCUAUCCUACAGCCCCUGGAUAGCAACUGUAGCUGCUGCAGUUGAUGAUCGAAGAUACAAGAAUCAUUUCACCAUGGGAAACGGGAAGAUUUUAGCCGGGCUUGGUUUAUCUCCUGCUACGCAUGCAAAUAGAACAUUCACCUUGGUUGCAGCUAACGACGUGCUGCUAGAUUCCUCUGUGGCCAAAUAUAGCCCUUCCGACUGCCAGCAUCCCGAAGUCUUGAACAAGAACUUGGUGAAGGGGAACAUUCUUCUAUGUGGUUAUUCUUUCAAUUUCGUUCUUGGCACUGCUUCAAUAAAGAAAGUCUCGGAGACUGCUAAGAGCCUCGGUGCAGUUGGCUUCGUCCUAGCAGUUGAAAAUGCUUCUCCAGGGACAAAAUUUGAUCCCGUCCCCGUUUCCAUUCCCGGGAUCCUCAUAACAGAUGUUACCAAGUCAGCGGAUCUCAUUGACUACUAUAAUGUGUCUACAUCUAGAGACUGGACGGGGCGAGUAAAGAGCUUUAAGGCAGUAGGAAGCAUCGGGGACGGUCUGAGGCCCAUACUCCACAAUUCAGCUCCGCAAGUAGCUCUGUUCUCUGCUCGAGGACCUAACAUCAAAGAUUACAGUUUUCAAGAUGCCGAUCUCUUGAAACCGGACAUUCUAGCCCCGGGCUCUCUAAUCUGGGCUGCUUGGGCCCAAAACGGAACCGAUGAGUCAAAUUACAUAGGCGAAGGAUUCGCGAUGAUAUCGGGAACUAGCAUGGCUGCCCCUCAUAUAGCAGGAAUAGCUGCUCUUUUGAAGCAGAAGUACCCUCACUGGAGCCCCGCUGCUAUCAAGUCGGCCUUAAUGACCACAUCGACAACCCUUGACCGGGCAGAGAGGCCUCUUCAAGCCCAACAGUAUUCCGGAUCCGAGACCAUGUCGCUCGUUCCUGCAACACCUUUUGACUAUGGAAGUGGACAUGUCAAUCCCCGAGCAGCUCUAGACCCCGGGCUGAUUUUCAAUGCAGGAUACGAAGACUACUUGGGAUUCAUGUGCACGACCCCAGGGAUCGAUGCUCACGAGAUCAUGAACUACACGCACACGCCCUGCAACUACACGCUCAGCCAUCCAUCGAACCUGAACACACCCUCAAUCGCGAUCUCACACCUUGUGGGAACCCAAACAGUGACGAGAACCGUGACGAACGUAGCAGAGCAGGAGACGUACGUCAUAUCAGCAAGGAUGUCCCCGGCAGUGGCAAUCGAGACCAGCCCUCCAGCAAUGACCCUAAGAACCGGCGCAUCAAGAAAGAUAUCCAUCACGCUCUCAGUCCGGUCAGUCACGGGGGGCUACAGCUUCGGCCAGGUCUUGCUCAAGGGAAGCCGGGGGCACAAGGUGAGGAUCCCCGUCGUGGCCAUGGGCUAUAACCGAUAGGGCGCGUGAUGUUGGGGUGUUUUUCGUCUCCGAAAAUAUAUAGAUGGGUCAUGUAUAGAUAAGUAGUACAAAGGGGGUAGAGACUUGUAGUCUUGCCCUUUAGUAUAAGUUUUGACAUUAGUGGUAUAUUAAGGUGGAAUGCCCAUCUUCUUCUUCUUCUUCACCAUGUAAGAAUGUGGCCUUGCUUUGGACAAAGGCUUUUGUAGGCUUGACAUCCUUUUUUAUGCUGUAUUUUUGAGUGGAUGUGUUGUAAUAAUACAACUAUUAAUUUUUGGA